AUGCAGCGAGGAGACAGGGCACAGAGCCGGACAGCAGGGGGCACGGAGACGGGGCCCACCGAGAUCAAAGCUGUGAUCGUGGGGGACGGGGGCUGUGGAAAGACCUCCCUGCUCAUGGUCUUCGCCAAGGGGGAUUUCCCCAGGGUCUAUGUCCCCACCGUGUUUGAGAAGUACUCUGCCUCCUUCCAGAUUGGUGGCAAGCCGGUGCAAAUCAAUCUGUGGGACACAGCAGGGCAGGAAGAUUACGACAGGCUCCGUCCCCUCUCCUACACAGGAGCCCAUGUGAUUCUCAUGUGCUUCGAUGUCACCUGUCCCAACAGCUUCAACAACAUUCUCACAAAGUGGUACCCGGAGGUGAAUCACUUCUGCAAGGGUGUCCCCAUCGUGCUGGUGGGCUGCAAGACUGACCUGAGGAAGGACAAGGUCCUUCUGAGGCGGCUCCACAAGGACCAGCUGGAGCCCAUCACCUACCACAAGGCAGAGGCCAUGGCCCGGGAGGUGCACGCUGUCACCUACCUCGAGUGCUCGGCCAAGUACCAGGAGAACAUCACCGACAUCUUCACAGAGGCCUCCAGUGCCGCCUUGAGCGCCAUGCAGAAGAGCCAGCGCAAACGGAAACCCAAGAGGAGCUGCCUGCUCUCCUAG